UUAUUAUUCCCCCCCCUAUUUUACCGCUUAGGAGUGUAUAGUUAAGGGUAAAUGCUCUCCAUAUAAUAGCAUUAAAUACCUUAAUUCCCUUAAUCUUCCAUUUAAAAAACGAUUAAGAAAUUUAACAUCUGUAGUCGAAUACAAUUCUACGUUUAAAUUUAUUUUGCUUCCAUCGAUAGUCCUCGUGCUUCCGCAAACAGAUAGAAGCUUCUUCAACAUGCAAGAGAAAAAUAUUUUACAUGGACCACCUGAGCCUAUUUUGGAAUUCAAAAACUUAUCUUUAGGACAAUUAAUCUUAAAUCAAUUGCGUAUUCAUAGAGCUUGGGUAGCACAAAUAAAUGCUUAUACAAGAAAAGAGCAAACAUUUAAAGAAAUCCUAGAUGCCAGUCAGAAGUUAGCAAUUGCUUUUGAAAAAGAGGGAUUAAGAAAAAAUGAUCGUAUAGCUAUCUGUAGUGAAAAUAAUACAGAAUUUUGCAUACCAGUAUGUGCUGCAUUUUAUUUGGGUGUUACUGUUUGUCCAUUGAAUCCACUUUAUACAGAAAGAGAAUUGAAACAUGCAUUGAAUAUAUCUAAACCAAAAUAUAUUUUUGUAUCACUACUUGGAGCAAAGAAUGUCUGUAAAGUUGCUUCUCAGUUAUUUUGGUUGCCAAAACUAAUAAUGUUAACAGAAUCCCCAGAUAAUAAGUUACCAAAUAUUAAUGAUUUCACAUCAAACAUAACUGUUGAUAAUAAUUUCCAUGCUUAUUCAACUGAUAUUAACGAUCAUGUAGCAGUCAUUGCAUGUUCUAGUGGCACUACUGGAUUGCCAAAAGGAGUCAUGUUAACGGAUAAAAAUUUUUUAACUGUGAUAAGACACUUUGCGAUAUCAUCACCUGAUAUUGUAAAUAACAAUGUGACAACUUUAGCUUUAUUACCAUUUUUCCAUGCAUACUCUUUUUCUGUACUACUCGUGAGACUAACUUUUGGGAAUAAAAGCGUCAUUCUUCCACGUUUUGACGAAAAAAUGUUUUUACGUACAAUAGAAAAGUAUAAAAUAGGAUAUCUAACGGUUGUACCACCGCUUAUGGUGUUUUUAGCAAAGCAUCCUAUUGUAGACAAAUAUGAUUUGUCUAGUAUUCAAGAGAUGUGGUGUGGUGCAGCACCUUUGUCAGAAGAAAUUGCUAAAACAGUUUCAAGAAGAUUAAACAUGAAGAACAUAAAACAGGGAUAUGGAUUAACAGAAACUACUUUGGCUGUAAUAAAAUCACCGAAUAAUAAUACAAACUAUGGAAGUAUAGGAAUCUUAGCUCCAGGAAUUUCAGGUAAAGUGAUAUCAGUCAAUGAAGGUAAUUCUGGUCAAGCCUUAGGACCAAACAAUGCCGGAGAAUUAUGUUUCAAAGGGAAUUUAAUAAUGAAAGGAUAUUGCAAUGAUGAACUAGCUACAGCAGCAACAAUUGAUAAAGAUGGAUGGUUACAUUCAGGAGAUAUAGGAUAUUAUGAUGAACAGGGUUAUUUCUAUAUCAUAGAUCGUUUAAAGGAACUCAUUAAAUAUAAAGGAUUUCAAGUUCCACCAGCUGAACUAGAAACAGUAUUAUUAUCAUGUCCUGGAAUUAAAGAUGCAGCAGUUAUUGGAUUACCACAUGAGGAAGCAGGGGAGCUACCAACUGCUUUUAUUGUUAAACAGGAAGGAUCUAAUAUAACAGCUGAAGAUGUCAAUAAAUUUGUAAAUGAACGCGUAUCAAACCAUAAACGAUUACGAGGCGGCAUCAAGUUUAUCGAGAAUAUUCCCAAAACCGCAUCAGGAAAAAUUUUGCGCCGUGAACUUCGCGACGCACUUAAGUCGAAGCUAUAAGUAUUGAUAAGCUCGAAAAGAAAGAUAUGUUCUUACUUUACAUUUGUUUUAAAAAUGACAAGAAAAACACGAAACGAUUAACAACUAAAAUAAUAUUUAUAAACUUUUGUCGAAACAUUUUUUUAACAACUCAAUUUUUACUUAUACAGAAUUUGAAAUUUUUAGGAAAUCCUUUCUAAGGACUUUCCACUCUAGUCAUAUUAUCAGGAUAUUUCGAUAAUUUAUGUAAAUAUAAAUUAAAUCGCUUUUUAUGCGUAAGACUACGUA